CCUAUUUUAUCUUUCGUAUUUGUUUAUUCUGCAUGACUUAAGUCGUACAGGAAGCUUAGGUAUCAGCGAAAUAUGGCGCGCAAAUAUAUCCUCGUUCCCAGAGUCUCUUGCCUUGGGCCUCUAGCUAUCAAGCUUAUUCUGAAGGCAAAAUAAGCUGGGAACGUGGUUGACGCAAAUAUCCAAAGUAAAUAUUGGUUAACGUUGAAGAAAAGUUUAUUUGUAAGAAAUCUGAACUGCAUACAACAGCCUAGCAACAGAAACAAAAAUCAAAAUAUUAAAUAUUCAUAAGAAAAUAGCAAUUAUUAUAAAAUAAAAAAUCAAAUUCAUAUAACACACACAUGGGAAUCGCUUAUUUAAAAUUCCACUAUCUUGUAAAUAUUUAAAUUCACAAGAAAAAGUUCAAGAUGGCGGUCAAAACUAUAAAAAAGAAACCUCGCUUUGGCGCGAUAUUUGUAACAAAUUUUACAAUUUUUUGGUUAUGUGUUUGUUUGAUUUUGACUAUAAUCAGUAUCGGUACAAAUCGCUGGUACAUACGUCAUGAUGACAACAUCGCAUUUCAACAUGGCGGACUUUGGAACGAAUGCAUGGGGGAUAUUGACAGAACGUUUUGCAGUCCGCUCAGAAAUGUCCCUGCCUGGUUAAAGUCAACACAAGCAUUUAUCCUCAUUUCGCUUGUCGUCAUCUUCGUUGACAUUGUUUACAUUAUUGUUGCGUUGGCAAGAAAAGCAUUAAAAUUGAAAGUUAUGAUUGGUUUUUCCGCUGUCAUAUGUGGCACAUUUUUUAUAUCUGUUAUCAUAUACUCCAUAAAAGGUAUCGAAGCAUCAAAUAUUGAGCCUGGUUCCACAUUUAUUGUAGCCUGGAUGACAAUGCUAAGUCAUAUUAUUGAAGCAAUAUUGUGUGUGUGCUGCUUCUUUAUGAUUGCAGAGCUGAAUAAAAAGGAAGCAGUCGAAGCAGGUUUAUAUUUGUGAAUGUGGAAGCGAAGCUUUUGUUAACGGAGAAGCGCAGCAUUUUUGCCAGGAGCAUGAAUUGCUUAACGUAGUUAACAUUCGUUGUUAGAUGAAGUUAUCGCACACAUUGAAAGUUUAAGAUGGCGCCAACGAAUAGUCGACAGUGACGAUACACCGUUUCGGAAAAGAUAAUGGUUCUCUUGAGAAUAAACAUCUCCAUAACAAAAAAAACAAAAAAAAAACGAGAUAUUUCAUGUCUGAUAUUGUUUAAUAUGUACAAAAUUUACCUAUAUUACAAAUCCAUUUCUGUUAAAAUUUGAACAUUAUAAAGGAAACAGAAAAGACUAAAUAUCCAUUCUUUAAAAAAAGUUCGAAUUUCG